GAUUGAAGUCAUGGCCAUUCUUUUUGCUGUUGUUGCCAGGGGAACCACUAUCCUUGCCAAACAUGCCUGGUGUGGAGGAAACUUCCUGGAGGUGACAGAGCAGAUUCUGGCUAAGAUACCUUCUGAAAAUAAUAAACUAACUUACUCACAUGGCAAUUACUUGUUUCAUUACAUCUGCCAAGACAGGAUUGUGUAUCUUUGUAUCACUGAUGAUGAUUUUGAGCGCUCUCGAGCCUUCAGUUUUCUGAAUGAAGUAAAAAAGAGAUUCCAAACUACUUACGGUUCAAGAGCACAGACUGCACUUCCAUAUGCCAUGAAUAGCGAGUUCUCGAGUGUUUUGGCUGCACAACUGAAGCAUCACUCCGAAAAUAAAGGGCAAGACAGAGUGAUGGAGACUCAAGCACAAGUGGAUGAACUGAAAGGAAUCAUGGUCAGAAACAUAGAUUUGGUUGCUCAACGUGGUGAAAGAUUGGAAUUACUGAUAGAUAAAACAGAAAACCUUGUGGAUUCAUCUGUAACUUUCAAAACUACCAGCAGAAAUCUUGCUCGAGCCAUGUGUAUGAAGAAUAUCAAGCUUACUAUCAUCAUCAUCAUUGUAUCAAUUGUGUUCAUCUAUAUCAUUGUGUCACCUCUCUGUGGUGGGUUUACAUGGCCAAGCUGUGUGAAGAAAUAAGAAAGAAAAAGUUAACCAAGGGUGUGAAAGUGAAAGGAGAUAAAGUCAAUCCAUGUGACUCAUGCUUUUUACUACUCUCAGAAAGUAUCUGCCAGUUUCUUUAAUCUUCUUUUCACUUUUUCUUGUUUUAAUAGUAUUAUAUACCUCUAGAUUUAUCUUUGCCCUGACAUAUAGUUUAUUUUAAUGAACUUCACAUUGAACCAAUAUUUACAGGAGUGUCUUCAAAGUGGCAUUUAUUUCUUUUUUUUUAAAGUAGAACCUUCUACUUAGAAAGACAUUUUUGUUUUUAACACACAAAGCUUUUGCCAAGGUGGAAACCACCAUUCUUACAACCUGUCUGCUAAAACUGUCUGGGAAUUUUGUAUGUUCACACAAAAUUAUUGGGAGACAGAUUGUAUUGCUAACAUCUCAUUUUAGUCUCUUUUGUUAUGGGAGAGUUUUGGGUGCUUCAAAAUAACAUAGAUAAUUUUGGGAAUUGUAAUAAAUUGUUGGUGCUGCUUAUAUCCAGGAGCCCAUACAGGUAAUGUAUUUAUCAUUUUUAUUUCAUUAAGGUGGAAGCAUUUUGCUAGCUCAUUAGAAGCACAAGAAUUAUACCUGUCCUCCCAGUAUUUACUUUCUUAAAGGUCAGUGAAUUAUUUAUUCAUACUCCAGAUAGUUUAAUACCUUCUGUUUCUCCAUUACAAAGUUGAAUUGAGAAGGUGAAUUAAGUACAUUGAAGAUUAUGGGUUUUACAUAUUAUUUUUUCUUCUGGGCAAAAUUUUGAGAAAUGUGUUAAUAAAAUAUGUAACAGAGGGUAGGGGAGACAAAUACCUCUGGUUUAUCAAAGAAAAAGAAGUGAGCCUCAGUAAAAUUGUAAGCAUUUUAGCCUCACAAAAUGCAGUUAUAUGGGAAGGUUUUUUUUUCCAUUCUGGGAAAAGCCAAACUGAAUACAGUCAGAAGUCAACUCCAGGAUUUGGAUUUAACUUCUGUUGACUAAUAGUUUGAUCUUUCUUUAUGAUUUAUUAAAUUCUUUUAUCUGCCUAAUUUUGAGUAAUUGUAAAACAUGAACGAGAAUAGACAGUAUAAUUAUAUAGAAAUAAUACAAAAUAUCUUAACAUACAUUUACUGUAGAAUAAGAAAAUCUGAAUGUAAUGCUGCUUCAUCUACUCUGGCUUCAGUUAUUUAGUAGUUGGUGGCUAUCUGAAAUCAAGAUAUUUUUGCCCUAGAUGUAAUUGCAUUUAUUUAUCCAUUGGUGAGAUUAAAUAUAAGUGAUAUUACAUUUUAUUCUUUACUCAAUGAAAACAAUAAAUUAGUGUUUUGAACUCAGCCAACUGUUUAGCCUAGUCAUGUGCCUUGAAUAUGUCUGUAUAUGACCUAUAAUCAGAAUCUUGGUACCUCUUCUUCCACAUUCAUGCUACCUGUUUCAUUUAGUUGACAUACCUAAUGCUCAUAGGAAAUCUUUUGUUCAUCAGUCAUAGCACAAUGUUAGUUCCAGACAUUUCUAUGAGCACCAAUUCAUUAUAAUUAUAUAAUUAUUUCCUAUUAGUAAAUACAUUCAUUCUCAAAAAAAUUUUGACAUUCCCAAGUAAUAAAUUGAAGGCUUAAAAUUUAUUUCCUUUUCUUAUGUGCACCCAAAUAAAAUUUAUGUGCAUGUUUUAGGGCUUACUUAAAUGUUCCUUUCUCUAUUUAUGUAUAAGAAUGCUUUUUACAGCACAUGUCUCAUUGUAAAUGAUGCACAAAUUGAAGACAUUAAUAAAAGUUAAGAAUAAUACAUUGA